CAGAGUGUGAACACACCCGUUCCAGCCCUGCUGCGGUGUCGAUCAUGUGACUGAAGAACCAGGAAGACGCGGCGAAGGUGAUAUUUUUUCAGCCAAAGCGAAGGCACACCGGUUUACCCCAAAACACAUCUAACUCAGUGCUGAAACCAGGAAGUGAUUCAGUAUAUAUGGGCGCACACAACAUGGCAUCGCUGCUGUUUUUUGGAUCACUGCUUUUGCUCUUAGGAGCAGUUCAAGGGUCCAAUAACACCAUCCCUCUAGUCAUGUGGCAUGGAAUGGGGGAUAACUGCUGCAACCCACUGAGCAUGGGUGCUAUAAAGAAAAUGGUGGAAGAGGAACUGCCUGGUAUAUACGUGGUGUCGCUCAUGAUUGGAAAGACUGUAACACAGGACACAGAAAGUGGAUUUUUCAUGGAUGUUAAUACGCAAGUGGCUUUUGCAUGUGAUAAAAUAGCACAAGACCCUAAACUGAAGGGAGGAUACAAUGCAAUGGGCUUUUCUCAGGGUGCACAAUUUCUACGUGCUGUGGCACAAAGAUGUCCAAACCCUCCAAUGAAGAAUCUCAUCUCAGUUGGUGGACAGCAUCAAGGAGUUUAUGGUUUGCCUCGAUGCCCUGGUGAAAGUUCUCAUAUUUGUGACUGGAUACGAAAAGCACUGGAUUCUGGGGCUUACACAAAUGCAGUGCAGAAACACUUGGUACAGGCACAGUACUGGCACGAUCCACUCAACAAUGACCUGUACAAACAGCGUAGUCUGUUUCUUGCUGAUAUAAAUCAAGAGCGGGUGGUGAAUGAGACCUACAAGAAGAACCUCAUGACUUUAGAGAAGUUUGUAAUGGUAAAGUUUCUACAAGACACCAUGGUGGACCCUGUGAUAUCAGAGUGGUUUGGCUUCUUUAAAAUUGGUCAGGGUCAGGAGACUGAGACUUUGCAGGAAAGUACCUUAUAUAAAGAGGAUCGUCUGGGACUGGCAGAGAUGGAUAAAGCUGGGAAACUGGUGUUCCUUGAGUGUGAUGGAGAUCAUUUACAGUUUACUCGAGAGUGGUUCAAUGCCAAAUUAAUCCCUUAUUUGCAAUAAUCCCCCAGCAAGAACAAGAAGAGAGAACCAUUAUUUGGUAUGCUGCAAUGCUGAACUACUUAUGCCUAUUAAUCUAAUGAUUAAUCUAAUCUAAUAAUCCAACUGUAAAUUAGAUCAACUUUAUUGCACUGAGGUUUUUUUAUUAAGCUGAUCUGAGUUCAGAUUCACCUGAUCUGCAAGCUCAAUUCAUAAUGCUUAAAAAUAAAAAUAUCAAUAUUUAGAUCGUAAAUGUGUUAUUACAUUUACAUUCGGAAACACUGUGACAAUAGCUGGAAAACCAUUUGAAAUAUUUAGCAAGAGCUGUUGAACCUGAUGUAAUGAAACUCAACACUCAAAAUAUUCUAGUCUUACUAUAACAAGAGCCUUGUAAUCUAAAACAACCGGGAAUUACAUGAGCUCCAUUUUCACAACCAACCUACUGUGGGUUACAUUUUAAAAAGGUGAAUUCAGAUUGACUACAUGUAAUUAUUUUAGAUUUGAAAAUAUUCUCUUUUGUCUUUUGUUAUUUUAAGAUGCAUGAAUUGGGUUUCAGGUUCUGGUGUAUCUGAUUUAGAGAACCAACUGAUUUUGCACAGCUAUUGGAUUCUUCUGUGAAUGUGUUUCAUGUGAAGGCAACUAAUAAAAGGUCAAGUUUUACAAUGCUC